AUGAUGAAAGUGGUGGUAGCGUUGUGUCUGCUGGGCGUUGCCUUAGCUGCCCCUCCCCCGGCUUUCUAUUCCUCAGAUAGUAAGAACGCUGAAAUUCUUCGCUACGAUAACGAUAACACUGGAUUUGGAUCUUACAAAUAUGCAUUCGAACAGUCAGACGGCACCAAACAAGAACAGCAAGGAGAAGUGAUUAACGAAGGCAGCGAUAAUGAGUACCUCAGUGUAAAGGGUAGAUACACGUACGUAGGACAAGAUGGUGUCACAUACAUUGUAACAUAUGUUGCUGACGAUAACGGCUACCAACCAGAGAUUGAACAAGGACCUGGCGGAGGUGUACCCGAUUCAGUUGUCGCUUCUCUUCUUGGUUAA